AUGCUCGAUCAUCUCUCUAAUGAAGAAUUCCUUGAUCGAUUAAAUAGAGAGUUUGAGCAGAGCUUUACUAUCGCUGUGCGUACGUGUAAAGAUAUGGAUUGCAAUGACAUGUCUGAGUACGCCGCUAAAAAAGUUUUUAGCUAUAACCCGAAUUCAAGUAUUAUCCAGCAAUAUUUUCCAAAAUAUACAUCAGCAAUAGGCGAAAUUAGUAAAAUAGUCGAUAACAACGGCCAGUUAUUGAAAGAGAAUAUUGGUUUAAUUAAAUCAUGGAUUAUAUUAGGACAUUGCUACUUAACGCUUGGUGAUUUUCCAAAUGCGUUCGCAUCAUAUGCGCAUGCUCUAAGAGCAAAUGCCCAUUUAACAGAUUAUCAUUUUUCUUAUGGCCUUUCACUAGUUUAUUUCCAUUUCAAUUACCCUGAAAACAGCAUUCAACUUCUUAAGCCUCUCAUCGCUCAUACGCCACAACUCCCCUACUUCGGAGAUAUGGCAUUUCGAGCUGGCGUAAUCUGCAGAACCCGCCAACAAUAUUCGAGUUCAAUUUACUACUUUGAACAGAUUCUCGAUACACCUCCAAACAAUUUGAAACAAGAAGAUAUUCAGUUCCAAAUUGCUUAUACUUACCAGGUAAACCAACAGCCAGAGAGAGCCGGCGAAAUAUACGCGCAGUUAGUUGAAAAAAAGCCGAAAUCAAUCCGCUUGUUACAUCAUUAUUCUCAAUAUCUCCUAUGUCAAAGUAACUUUGACUUGUCUAAGAAAAUAGCAGAAGAAGGCUUAAAACUCGAUCCUGUUGAUCCUGUUUUCAACCUUAUUCUAGGCAGAAUCGCAUUCCGUUCAAAGAAUUUCCAAGCUUCGAUUGAUUAUUACAAGAAAUGCAUAAAUUACUGGACCGAUGUCGCACAAUUUUGGUGUGAGCUUGCUGUCCUUUACCAUCAAGAGCAAAUGCUUGACGAUGCGAUGCAGGUUUUGAAUAGAGCGUUGUAUUACGAUCCCCAGCACCAAACAGCAUGGAGAAACAUUAUAGUAUUAAAGAUACAAAGAAGCGGAAUAUACGAAGCAAGGCCUCUUAUCGACAAAGCUCUAAAUACAAUUCAAUCGUCAAGUUUUCAACAGCAAAUAAAACUCGUUGAUACAAUGACUAAUGCCCUUCAAUGGGAACCAUUUGAGAUGAAUAUUGACUUCGUCCGUGAACCAGAAGCUUUUGCUAGACAGUACAUGGGAUCUUCUCCAAUAUUCCCGGGAGAAUGCUAUGGAGAAAAUGGACGGUCUUUUCCAGAACUUGCGAAUUAUCCAAAAUCUUUGUUCGAAUAA